CAUCAAAUUGCGCGGGUCUUUAUCGCAUUAUGCGAAAAUAAAACAAAAGCUUUGGCUUUUAUUUGCGCAGGACAUUACAUUCAUCCCAGUUAUCUUGUGUAAUAUAAUUAAAUCGAAGAAAAAUGUCGAAGAAAUUGAAUAAAAGUGGUAGUGCCGGUACGCCUAACAAUAAUCUCUUCAAGUACUUUUCACGUUCACCACGAACGCCAAAUAGUAUACCCAAAACACCCAGUGAGGAGGAAACCAAAAAAGCUACAGCAAAAGCGGAGAAGGAGAACUUACAAGCUGGGCAUGGCAAUGAAGAUAAUGGGCCUUUAGCUAAACGAAAGUUAGAUGUUGACGCUAAUCAGAGUAAGAGUGAUACAAUGGAUGUGGAUGAGGAUGAUGAAAGUAUUACAAUUAAACGCCCGUCCCAUAAAAGACAUCGCAUAAUAUUGUCCGAUGAUGAAGAGGAAAUCAAAAUUAAUAAAAACGGAAGUGAGAAGAAUAAUAGUGGCGAUGACUAUAAACCAAGCGACGAGGAUAACGCAUAUAGUAGUGAAGACGCUGAUUCCCCACCAAAAGGUCGUACCAAGAAAACUGAUGAACCGACGCAAAAGAAACCUAAACUGGAAAAGAGUAGUUUCAUGGAAAAGCUAGCUUCUUUGCAAGCCUCAGCAACUAUCUCAGAUGCUAAAGCAAGUGCUAAAAACGAUGCAAAAUAUGAAAAAAUUGUAUGCACAACGUCCACAUUGGACGAACCGGUGGUGUGGCCACAUCAAAAGCUUGACUUUUUGCAACCAGAUAAAAUAAAAGAUAAGAAUGGCAGACGCCCUGACCAUCCGGACUAUGAUCCCACGACUUUACAUGUACCAGAAAAAUACUUGAAUUCCUUAUCACCUGGUGUACGUCAAUGGUGGGUCUUGAAGUCAGAUAACUAUGAUUGUGUGCUCUUCUUUAAAGUGGGUAAAUUCUACGAAUUAUAUCAUAUGGAUGCGGAAGUUGGUGUCCAAGAGCUCGGUUUCGUUUAUAUGCGUGGGGAAUUCGCACAUUCCGGUUCGCCCGAAGUAAGCUUCGACAAAAUGUCAAGUAUACUGAUUGAUCGCGGCUAUAAAGUGGCACGUGUGGAACAAACUGAAACAACCGAAAUGAUGAGCGAACGUUGCAAAAAGACCAAACCGACGAAAUUCGAUAAAGUAGUGCGUCGCGAGAUCUGUCAGAUAUCUAAUCGAGGUACACAAGUAUUUGGAACGCAAUGUCAGAUUACGCCACAUUACCAGCCAAAUUACAUGUUGGCUGUGGUCGAAAAGAAUGAGGUCAGCUCCAGUAAAUACGGAAUUUGUUAUGUCGACACCUCAAUAGGUGACUUUUAUGUUGGCGAAUUUGAAGAUGACAAAAACGGUUCCCGGCUAUUAACUUUGCUCUCCCAUCAUAUGCCGGUUUUGUUAAUUUUUGAGCGUGGCUCUGUUUCUGAGCGUACACAUGAAAUAUUCCGUACUAUGCUCUCCGGCAUACUCAAAGAUCCAUUACCUGCCAAUGGCUCCAAAGUAUGCAGCGCUGAAAAGACACUAAAGUAUCUUGCUGAGAAUUAUUUUGCCAAAUUUUCAGAAGACUCAACUAGUGCAGAACUUUGGCCAUUAGCGUUGCGUACAAUGCAAUCCGAAACUGAUCACUUGGGUUUAACGCCGCGUGAUGGCUGCAAGCUAGCAUUAAAAGCGCUUGGUCAAUGCAUAUUAUAUUUGCAACGUUGUCAACUUGAAGAGAAGGUGCUGCCAAUGGCACGCUAUCACCUCUACACACCACCAGAUAUGUUAAAUGAGUCGGUAUUGGAUGCAAAGGCAAAAACUGUGCAGCAAAAAGCCGCUCGGCGCCGCCAUAUGGUCAUCGAUGCCACCACACUUGCUAAUCUACGCAUUACUGGCGAAGAGUAUUCGCUGCAAUCCACGCUAGAUAAUUGCUGCACGAAAUUUGGCAAACGUUUGCUGCAUCACUGGAUAUGCUCGCCAAGCUGUGAGUUGGACGUGAUUGUUGAACGGCAGCAGGCGAUUACCGAACUAAUAGAGCACAACAUGGAGUUUCAAGAUUUACGCGCUUUGCUGGCGCCAAUGCCUGAUUUCGAAAGACAUCUGGCGCAAAUACAUUUAUUCGGCAAUAAGCGCAUAUCGCAAGAUCAUCCGGAUGGACGUGCUAUACUCUUCGAAGAGAAAUUAUAUAAUAAGAAGAAAAUACAAAACUUUAUUGGCAUAUUGAAGGGAUUUACAGCGCUCAUGGAACUGCCCACGCUUUUUAAUGGCUUUGAAACAUCACUCAUGAAACGUUUGACGCAGUUGCAGCCAGCUGGCGGUUUCCCUGACAUGGCUAAAGAAUUGGAGUUUUUCAAGACUGCUUUCGAUCACGAAGCCGGUGCGCAGACCGGUGUUAUUGCACCUGAACAAGGCGUGGAUGCAGAUUACGAUGAGGCAUUGGCGAAGAUUAAAAACAUAAACGACAAUUUCAAGGAUUAUCUUAUUGAGCAAGAGAAGUUCUUUGGCUGUCGUUUGACACCAGGUGGCGAAAAGAAUCGCUUCCAGCUUGAGGUGCCGGAAAAUGCGGCUAGAAAGGCCGGAAAAGCCUACCAAUUGGAGGGUCAGCGUAAAGGUAACAAGCCCGUGAGACGCUUCUCAACGAAUGAAACACGUUCACUACUAAAGGAAUUGCAACAUGCCGAAACCGAACGUGAUGUCAUACUCAAAGAUUUAUCGCGUCGUAUCUUUGAAAAAUUCUCCAAACACUAUGAACUCUGGAAGCAAUGUGUUGAUUGUGUAGCCAAUCUUGAUGUUUUAGCCUCGUUGGCAGAGUAUGCACGCGCACAGCAAGUCAUCUGUGUGCCUGAGCUGCACGAGCAAAGUGACGAAAAGCAGCCAUUCAUAGACAUUGCUGAGGGCUAUCAUCCAUGCGCCGCAGCGGACACUUUCAUACCGAAUGGGCUCAUGCUAGGCACCGGUGAGACAUCAGCACCGCUCUCCAUUCUAACUGGCCCCAAUAUGGGUGGUAAAAGUACGCUUAUGCGACAGGUGGGCUUGUUGGUAGUGAUGGCACAAAUCGGCGCUCAUGUGCCAGCCGAGCAUUGUCGUAUUUCGCUGGUCGAUCGCAUUUUUACGCGCUUGGGCGCGCAGGAUGACAUCAUGGCUGGGCAGAGCACAUUUUUGGUGGAACUAAAUGAGACAUCGCUGAUUUUGAAGCAUGCAACGGUUAACAGCCUGGUGCUGCUUGAUGAAUUAGGACGUGGCACGGCCACCUACGAUGGCACUGCUAUCGCUGCUUCGGUAGUCAACUAUCUCGCAGAUUUGAAAUGCCGCACGCUUUUCUCCACUCACUAUCACAAUCUUAUUGAAUAUUUCCACAAAGACGAACGCAUAACCUUGGGUCACAUGGCUUGUAUGGUGGAAAACGAGGAUACCGAAGAUCCCACACAGGAGACGGUGACAUUCCUUUACAAAUACAGCGCUGGCGCAUGCCCGAAGUCGUAUGGUUUCAAUGCUGCCAAAUUGGCUGGCAUGCCACAACCGAUUAUAAAGCGUGCUUAUGAGCUUUCUAAACGCGUGGAGGCAAUCGCUUUGAAACGUAAAGUCCUGUCCAAAGUUGUUGCUGGCGCUGGUGGCAACAGAUGCAACGAUCUUAAAGAAAUUAAAAAUUUACUUUUGCAGCUAAAAGCUUGUCAUGUUUAAGCUAUUUGUUUUUGUUUUGUGCUGGAAUGAUUUUUGUUUGUUUACCUUACCAUAUGCACUUCUAUGUAUACGAAUUUUUCAAAAAUAUAAACACAUACCCAAUACAA